CAUUGUCAAAUUUUGCUUUGUCUUGCAACAUGCCGGGCGGUUUCUGAUUUUAGCAAAAUCGUUGAUAGAAUCGAAGUCUGAACCCCAGCUAGUUCUAGCCGAAUUCAUGAUGGCUGGCAUUAAAUCUCUAGCAGUUCGGGGCAUACGGAGUUUUGGACCUGAAGAAGCUGAUGAACAACGGAUAUUGUUUGAUAAACCCCUAACUCUUAUUUUGGGUCAAAAUGGAUGUGGUAAAACUACUAUUAUCGAAUGUUUACGCUAUGCUAUCACCGGUAAUAUGCCCCCGGGAAGCCGCAACGAAUGCUUCGUGCAUGAUCCCAAAGUAAACAGAUCUACAGAGGUCCUUGCUCAAGUAAAACUGAAGAUUGUAAAUGCCAAGGAUGAACAGCUUGAGGUGUCAAGAUCUAUGAAAGUAACAGCUCUGCAGAAGAAAAAGACCAAAUUCCAGACAUUAGACUCUUUUCUUUCCAUUAUUGAUGUGAAUGGCAAAACUAAGGAUAUAUCAUCAAGAUGUGCUGAUUUGGACUUUGUCAUGUAUGAACAAUUAGGCGUAUCAAAAGCAAUCCUGAACUCUGUGAUAUUUUGCCAUCAAGAAGAUUCUAGUUGGCCCCUUGAUGAGGGCAAAAAAGUUAAGGAGCGUUUUGAUGAAAUUUUUGAUGCUGACAAGUACAGUGAUUGUUUUGAUCGAUUAAGAAAAAUAAGAAAAGAUUACACUGUAACUCUGAAACUAUUGGAACAAGAAGUAUCUAUUUUGACGGAGAAGAAACAAGAUUUAGACAAAAAAAAACUGGAAGUUGUGAAUGGUGAAACUGAAAUUUCUGAAACUGAACUUAAAUUGGCUGAAUUAACAACAGAAUUAAAAACUAUUACUGAUAAAAUUAAGACAAUUUCUCAGUUAGAGAGAAACAUUCUAACUUUUGAAACUGAAAGGGAAAAAAUUAAAACCAAACUUGAGCAUUGUCAAAGUCAAGAAGAGGAACUGAAAACUGAAAUUAAAAACAUUUUUGAGGGAACCACCCCUGAGUUGGAUGAUGCUAUAAAAAACUAUGAGACAACAGCAGUACAGAAGAAGAAAGAAUUAGAUGCAUCUUAUAAGAAAAAUUCCACUUUCAAUAAAGAGGAAGAAAAGAUAGCCAAUGAAAAAACUUCAAAUGAGAUUAAACUGAACAAGUUGCUUUUACUUGAAAGUCAGAAUCAAGAGAAAAUUGACAAAAGAAAGACGAUGAUUGUUGAAGUAGCAAAGGUAGCACAAAUUGAUGAUAUCAAUGAAAUAAAUACUGAUGAAGAGGCAGAUAAAUGUAUAGAGAGAAUUACUGGAAAAAUUAAUGAUCUCAAAGGAGAUCUCAAUGAACAGAAGUCUGCAGCUGAUGCUGAAGAGAAAAGAAUGCAAGAAGCGAUAGAUGCUUGUAGGGUGGCACACUCGCGCCAUCAGGAGAAAAUAAGUUCUAAAAAGACAGAAAUAAACAAAAAUAAAAAAGAGAUUGUUAAAUUGGAUAAAUCUGUCAAUGAUGCCAAUGAGUCCAAAGUUAAGUUGGAAGCAAUGGAAAAAAAAUGUGAAGAUGCUGAAGAGGACUUUAAAAAGGCAAAGAGUGAGAUGAAUGCAGAGGAGUGCCAACAGGAGAUCAAUGACGAUGAGAAGGCUGUGGAAACACACGAGAGUGAACUUGUUGAACUUGAUGAAAAGAUUGUGAAACUCCAAAAACAAAAUGAUAAAAUUAAAGAACGAGAAUUAAUAGAAAACAAUCUAAAGGAUAAAGAGAAGAAAUUUGCUGUACUGAAGAACAAACAUAAGUCAUCAUUGACAGAACUUUUGGGUAACAUACCUGAAUCUGGUUUUGCUCUGGCCAUCAACAAGUUGGAAUGUGACAUACGCAAUGAAGUUGAUUCUAUGAAGCAGAAGUUGAAGGAAAAACAGUUGGAGCAAAAAAGUCUAGAGACUGAACGCAAACACGUGCGCGAGUCUCUCAAUGAAAAGCGCAGUGAGCUGACAAAAGCCGAAGACAAAAUGUACCAAGCGUGCGGUACACAGUCAUACGAGUCCACUCUUGCUAAGAUAACGUCCACAGUGGAAACACUUCAGGACGAACAAAAUGUGUUGCAAUCUUCCAUGUUUAUCUUUGCCAAAUAUAAGACACAGCUCAAAGACAACAAUUGCUGUCCCUUGUGCAGUCGAGGGUUCGAUAACGAUUCUGACGUAACAGAUCUUAUCACCCAGCUGACCACUCAAGUGAUGAAUGUACCUUCAAAACUAGAAAAAGUUACGGAGGAGUUACAAAGGAACUCUGCUAAGAAAGAUGAACUGCUUAGCAUGAAAUCUAUCAAUGAAAAGAUAACUACAUUGAAAGAAAAAGAGAUACCGAACCUCGAAACUCGUUUGAAGGAUAUUGAAACGAAAAUAACAAUGCUGUCGGACUCAGCGGACGAAUUGUCAAUGGCAAUUAUAGAGCCCGAGCAGAAGUUGCAGACCGCCAAGCAAAUCCAGGGUGACAUGCCGAUGCUCGACCGCUAUACGAAAGAAUUGAAGGCUGAUACUGAAAAGUAUGAGAAAAUAAAAGCGCAGUGCGCUGAAUUAGAAUCAGACAUGUCAUUGGACGAUGCCAAUGCAAAGAGGACAGAUUUGAGGACGAAAAUCAGUGCUCUUCGGACUCGCGUGAAGACCAACCAAAAGAAACUGAACCUGUACAACAAGAAGCUGCAAACCAUGGCUGACAAGAAGAAUAAGCUUAAGGAACAACUCCUGAAUUUACAGAAAAAGGUACAAGAAAUUGUCACACUGCAAGAAAAGAGAAAGCAAUUGGAAACGGACGAGGAGAAGUUGAACGAUGAACUAAAGGAAUUAGAAGAUGGCACAACGCCUCUCAAGGAGGAGCUCGAGGAAAAGGAAAAAGCAAAGGCUGAAGUUGUCAAGAAAAAUAGGGCUGCUAUAGAAGAUAAAAACAGUUUCAUAACUAAAAUAGUAACUGCUUUCGAUAAAGUGAAAGCUAUUGAGGCCGAAAUCAAGCAGCACAUAGAGAGGAAUAUUCAGCUUGAGAUGGACAAAAUAAAAGAAGCUAAUGACAAGCUGAUGGAGAAGCAGAAACAGAUCAUGAUCGAUAGGGACGCGCUCACGAAACGAAUUGACACUUUGAAGGAUGAAUUGGCUAAGCAAGGGACUUAUAAAGACGAUUUAGUAAGAAACCUUAAGAUGCGAAAGGCUCAAGAGGAGAUAGAGAAUUGCAAGCAGGCCCAAGUGAAGAACGACGAGAACAUGAGUGGACUCAACCGUGAGAUGUUAGCGGAGAAGGAGCCGUUGAUCUCGCAGCAAACCAAGAUUUUCAGGGAGAAGGCGCAAACUGAAGGGAAAUUGGGCCAACUUAAUCUUACAUUAAAACAAAACAAACAAGAAUUAAAGAAAGCUGAAGCUAAAAACAUUGAAAAGCAAUAUAAGGAAAAGUUCUACGAGUUACAUGUGACCAGAGCCAUAGAUAAGGAUAUUAGAGAUUAUUCUGUAGCAUUGGAAAAGAGUCUCAUGGAGUUCCACAGGGAGAAAAUGGAGAAUAUCAAUCUUAUUAUUAGGGAAAUGUGGAGAAAGAUUUAUCGUGGUAACGAUAUCGACUACAUUGAAAUCAAGACUGAAGGCAGCAUGACUACUGAUUCAGAUCGUCGCAAAUACGAUUACAGGGUAGUGCAAUGCAAGAACGGCAUGGAGAUCGACAUGCGCGGGCGCUGCAGCGCUGGGCAGAAGGUGCUCGCGUGUCUCAUCAUACGACUCGCACUUGCCGAAACAUUCAGUUCCAGAUUCGGAAUCCUGGCGCUGGAUGAACCCACAACAAAUCUAGAUCAAGAAAACAUCACGAGUCUCUGCUCGGCCCUAGGGGAAAUAGUCCAGGAGCGGAUGACUCAGAGAAACUUCAUGUUUAUCAUAAUUACCCACGACAGGGAAUUCAUCGAGUCGCUGGGGAACAUUGAUAAAGUCACUCAUUUCUACGAAGUCUCAAGGAACGACGAAGGAAGAUCCAGAAUCAAGAGGAUCAGAUUUUCAUAAACAUUUUCGUAAUUUCAAUUAAUUUCGCCAUUCCUAAUUUUCUAUAUCUGAAUAUAUUUUAUGAUUCAUAAAGUGAAAUAGCUGUUUAUGAAGGCUGUGCCUUACGUUAACUGUGAAAUCACUACAUUAUUUUGUUGUAAGAGAAAAUAUUUCUAAAUAGAUUCUUUUUUACUUACAUA